AUGGAUUCACUGCUAUUCGCCGAAAGCUCUCGCAGGAGAUCCCAAUCGGCCUCGCCAUCUGGCCAUCUCGCUGCACACAAAAAUGCCGAGCAGCCAUCGCUGGCGCCAGGGCGAUUCGACCGUGCAUCCAUGGUAUCGGGCAAGUGGAACGUGAACUCGUGGCGCAAGGGGACAAAGCGCAAGCAGGGCCUCCCGAGCCCGACCCCAGACUCGGGAGCCCCGCCUCCAUCGCCAGCAUCGUCCGGGCGCUUUAUUAGGCCCUCGCUAGCGACUUCAGCUGCCGACUUCCAGCUGGGAGGAUCGUCGGCGGCGCGAUCGCGCACGCGCACGAAUGGGUCGGUGUCCAUGGACAGCGAGUGCGAGAUGCUCAGCGAGCCGGAUCUUAGCCGCCUCCGAUCCGAGGCAUACUCCGACCUCCACCGCAGUGUCGCCGAGAGCAACGAGCGCUUUGUGCAGCGCAUGCGCGAGCUCGAGCAGCUGCGUGCGCUCCCUUCUCUCAACACAUCGCCCGUCGUCGAGCCCCGUCACCGCGGACGCAAACGCGCCUGCCAUUCCUCGUCGCGUCAUACCUUCUCUGCGGAUCCCUCUGACGACGAUGACGACGACGUGUAUGUAUCCAGCGGCGAGAGAGCGGACCCGUUCGGCGGAAACCCGCGGCGCAAGCGCAUGCGCGCCGCUUCUCCCAGUGGCACAUUCCCGGAGAGGAGCAGCGGAUACUCCUCGCCGGCCGCGCCCUCGUGCGACUCGUCGUCCGCCUUUCCAUCCGACGAAGAGGACGACGAUAUCGAAAUCGACGUCGGCACGGCGUGCUCGACCCUCCCUGGUCUAUAUAAUGCGGAGACGAUGCCCGGACUGCCUAGCGCGGACGGCGAGACGGACUCAUCGGCGUCCUCGUCGCUGCGAUCUUCUACGCCAUCCCUCCGCUCCUCAGCGUCGUCGAUCCGAUCGUCCCCGCCCGUCGAAUGUCAGCCCCUCCCCUCCACGCGCUCGGAGAAGGCGCUGGCCGCGCUCACACUCGCCAUGGAGCACGGCAUCGGCGUCGCGGACUACGCGGCGCUGCGCGAUAUCUCUGAGGGCGAGCGCGAUCCCUACGGUGACAGCUACUGGGGGUGA